UCGGGAACCACUCAUCGGAUGACGUGAAUGUUGCAGUGUCGCAACAGCUGGGCUGUCAGCAAGCGAUGACGGGCACGGGCGGUGGAGCCGGAGAACACGAGGGCGGCAAGAAGAAGCACACGAGACCCACAUUUAGUGGACAGCAGAUCUUCGCCCUGGAGAAGACCUUCGAGCAGACCAAAUACCUAGCCGGCCCGGAGCGCGCCAAAUUAGCGUACGCCCUCGGGAUGUCGGAAUCCCAAGUCAAGGUAUGGUUCCAGAAUCGGCGGACGAAGUGGCGGAAGAAGCACGCGGCGGAGAUGGCGACGGCGAAGCGGCGGCAGGAGGAGGUCGAGGGCGUCGUCGCCGAGGGUGAGGACGGUUGCAGCGAUGCGGAAGCUGACGGUGGCAGCGGCGAAUUGUUGAGGAAUUCUCAAUCGAGAGAAAGCACGCGCGGUUUGCAGGACAUCUGA